GAAAAAAGCCUGCCACUCUGCUCAUCAAAUGCAGGAAAGUAAUUUCUCUCUCUCCCUCUUUCUCUCUCACCUGUUCGAAUGAUUAUUCAGUUUAAUAAUGGCGUCUUCCUCCUCCCAUUCCCCGUUUACCACUUCCCCAAGCUUCCUUCCUACUCCAACCUUUACCCUUUUUAUCAUCACAAUGAAACCCUACUCUUCAUUCUUGUCUAACUCAGCAGCGGCCUCCUCAAUGUGCAAGGAAAUUCAAAUGGGCAUGUUCGUUUUGGCUUUCUCAUCCAUUUUGCUAUCGACCCUUUUCGGUUCUUGCACUCUCGCUCUUACCCCAGAUGGACUAGCGUUGUUGGAAAUUAGAAGCGCUUUUAAUGAUAGCAAAAACCUCCUUGGUGAUUGGGAAGCUUCUGAUGAGUCGCCCUGCAAAUGGACUGGUAUAUCUUGUCACCUUGAGGACCAACGGGUCAGCUCAAUUAACUUACCUUACAUGCAACUAGGAGGGAUUAUUUCUCCUAGCAUUGGUAAACUCAGUAGAUUACAGAGACUGGCACUUCACCAAAAUGGGUUACAUGGAUAUAUUCCUAAUGAAAUCACUAAAUGUAUUCAGCUAAAAGCUCUGUAUUUGAGGGCUAAUUAUCUUCAAGGUGGUAUACCAUCAGAUAUUGGUAGCCUUUCUGCUCUUACAAUACUGGACUUAUCAGGCAAUUCGUUAAAGGGUGCUAUUCCAUCAUCCAUUGGUCGUCUCUCGCUUCUGCGCCAUCUGAAUUUGUCCACAAACUUUUUCUCUGGGGAGAUACCUGAUUUUGGAGUUCUAAGCACAUUUGGAAGCAAUUCGUUUGUUGGCAAUCUAGAUCUCUGUGGUCAUCAAGUUAACAAGGCCUGCCAAACCUCGUUGGGAUUCCCUGCAGUGUUGCCCCAUGCUGAAAGCGAUGAAGCUUCAGUGCCUGUGAAAAGACCUUCACACUACAUCAAAGGAGUAUUAAUUGGUGCAGUGUCCACCAUGGGAGUUGCAUUUGUAGUACUCGUUCCAUUCUUGUGGAUUCGUUGGCUAUCGAAGAAGGAACGAGCUGCGAAACGAUACACAGAAGUCAAAAAACAAGUGGUUCACGAACCAAACACAAAACUUAUUACUUUUCAUGGCGACCUACCGUACCCGUCAUGCGAGAUCAUCGAAAAGCUGGAGUCACUAGAGGAAGAAGACGUUGUUGGUUCAGGAGGAUUCGGGAUCGUGUACCGAAUGGUCAUGAACGAUUGUGGGACAUUUGCUGUUAAAAAGAUUGAUGGAAGCAGAAAAGGUUCUGACCAAGUGUUUGAGAGAGAGUUGGAGAUUCUGGGUUGCAUCAAACAUAUAAACUUGGUCAAUUUGAGGGGUUAUUGUAGUCUUCCAACUUCAAAGCUUCUUAUCUAUGACUUCCUUGCAAUGGGCAGCUUAGAUGAUUUUCUGCAUGAACAGGAAUCAGAAAGACAACCUUUGGAUUGGCGAGCUCGUUUAAAGGUAGCAUUGGGCUCUGCUAGGGGGAUUGCAUAUUUGCAUCAUGAUUGUAGUCCAAAGAUCGUGCAUCGUGACAUUAAAUCGAGCAACAUUCUUCUUGACGAGAACUUGGAGCCUCAUGUAUCUGACUUUGGACUAGCCAAGCUUUUGGUUGAUGAGGAUUCUCAUGUCACAACUGUUGUUGCUGGAACAUUUGGUUAUUUGGCUCCAGAGUAUCUACAAAGUGGGAGGGCGACCGAAAAAUCCGAUGUUUAUAGCUUUGGAGUUUUGUUACUCGAGCUGGUGACUGGGAAGAGACCAACUGAUCCAUCAUUUGUAAAGAGAGGCUUGAAUGUUGUUGGUUGGAUGCACACAUUAUUGGGAGAAAACAAAAUGGAUGAGAUAGUCGACAAAAGGUGCAAGGAGGUCGAUGCCGAUACAGUCGAAGCAAUCCUUGAAAUAGCAGCCAAAUGCACGGAUGCCGACCCAGACAAUCGGCCAUCGAUGAGUCAAGUUUUGCAGUUUCUAGAGCAAGAAGUCAUGUCACCAUGUCCUAGUGAUUUCUAUGAGUCUCAUUCUGAUUAUUCUUGAUACUUUCUGUAACUGCAGUCCUUGAAUAUUUCAUCUCUCUCAAUGAAAUAUGCAGAUCAUGGAGUUUGAUGGUUAGCCUAGCUCUGUCUUGACUGGUAAGUUAUAUAUAAUGUAUGGUCUUGUAGAAAUAAAAUUGUGUAUGAUAUUGAUUGAUUUCUUUC